GUGGCUGCGUGCAGGCGCGCGGGAAAAUGCCUCUGGGGCUGAGGGGCAAGAAGAAAGGCAAGUCCAGGGAGACGUCCACGCUGGUGGAGGGCGAAGCCCCCCUGGCGCGGGGCAGGGGCGACGGGGGCGACGACGACGACGCCAGCGGCAGCAGCGCCGUCGGCGGGGCUGGCGUCGGGGGAGGUGCCGCCGCCGCCGCCUCCUCCUCGGCGCGCCAGGGCCCCAUCCGGCUGGUGUUCCACACGCAGCUGGCGCACGGCAGCCCCACGGGGCGCGUGGAGGGCUUCGCCAGCGUCAGGGAGCUUUACGCCAAGAUAGCCGAGGCGUUCCACAUCGCCCCCAGCGAGAUUAUGUUUUGUACUUUGAACACACACAAAAUUGAUAUGGACAAGCUCUUAGGAGUGCAGAUUGGUCUCGAAGACUUUAUAUUUGCUCAUGUAAAAGGAGUCAAAAAGGAAGUGGAGGUUUUCAAAUCAGAGGAGUCACUUGGGCUUACCAUUACUGACAAUGGAAAUGGAUGCGCCUUCAUAAAGAGAAUUAAAGCAGGCAGUCUUAUUGACCAAAUAAAACUGGUAUGUGUUGGUGAUCACAUAGAAUCUAUAAAUGGAAAAAGCGUAGUGGGCUAUCGCCAUUAUGAAGUUGCUAAGAAUUUAAAGGACUUGGAGAAGGGUCAGACAUUUACGCUAAAAUUGAUAGAGCCUAUGAAAUCAUUUGAAAUGAUUGAACCACGGUCGAAAGGUGGAGGUUUUACAGAGGGGAAAAUCUCCCGAGGGAGAGAGACUCUUCGACUGAGAUCCAAAGGCCCUGCAACAGUGGAAGAAAUGCCUUCAGAUGUUGAAGAAAAAGCUACUAAGAAGGUUGAUGAUCUUCUUGAAAUGUACAUGGGAAUAAGAGACCUCGAACUAGCUGCAACGAUGGUAGAAGCUGGGAAAGGCAAGAACAACCCAGAUGAGUUCGCCAUUGCCCUCGAUGAAGCUUUAGGAGACUUUGCAUUUCCAGAUGAGUUCGUCUUUGAUGUGUGGGGAGCCAUUGGUGACGCGAUGCAAGGACGGCUUUAAUGAGCAUCAGAAAACUUUGUCGGAGCACAGUAUCAGCUUGUGUAAAGCAUAUAUCUAUAGACAUGGCAUGGGAUACGGAAAGCAUCUGAAUGUUCAGAAAUCUGGAUGAAGUAAGCUGUUAUUUGAUGCCGAUACAAAUUCCUUUAAAAUAAAGUUGAGUUCAAGACUGCACCCAUGAAGCUUUAGGCUCAUAUGAGCACUUAAUCUGAAAUACUUUGCAAAGCAGUUUUCUCUGCAUAUUUACUUAUAUAAAUGAAUAUGGCUAGUGGUUAAAGAAGAGGGCAGGUUGACUAUCCCAUGAAAAUGGAGUGUGUCAGAAGGCAUGGUGCCAGUACCUGAUGAACCUGAGCAAAAUUUCAUUGGAAAAAAAACACACCUUGUGUCCAUUAUUCUUUCCCAAUUACUCCAGUGGGUACACUGCUGCAUUCCCAGCAUUUUCUCCCCCAAAACAGUACUUUGAGACUGUGAGGGUAGAGGAAAGGCCAUCAUUGGUGGAGUGUAUGUUUUGCACUUCGUAAGCCCUUGGGACAUAAUUGGGAUUUUGGGAAAGCUGAGAACGUCUGAGACACUGACAACUGCUACCGGUACUGAGAUAUAUGGACUAUUAGUCUGCCUCAGGAUAAGACAACUUCAUAUUUAUGCUACUGUAUAAGCAGGCAGAUGAAUUCUUUCACCAUGUUUUAUGGUGGUGUUAUUAUGGAUACGAGUCUCAGAACUUUGGCACUUUCACAAAUGAUUUUUAAAGCAGUUUUGGCAUUUCCCACUUCUGUAAAUCAAAUGGAAAAAAACAACAACUAUGGAUGGAAUGUACUUCUCGUUUUACAAUGCCUUCUAGAUUCCCUUUCUGUAUCAAUGCCAUUUGAAGUGACACAUCCCAAAUUAAAGUUCAGUUUUAGUGUCACUUAGGAGAAAGAAAUCUUUUUUCCAUUUGUUAGUCCUGUGGAUGAGUGGGCUCAGAUGAAUGUAUUAGUACAAAAUGCUCUGGGAACAGUGCAGAAACCCCACCGGCCUUAAAUUUGAAUCUUUUUUUUUGUUCUUGCGUGUUAGAAAAGUAAAGAAAACCUUAUGCUUUUGGGAAGCUUCACAAAUGUUUUGAGGCUUUACUAGUGAAGGGUAUCAAAGUGAAAUAUAUAAGCCAGGUGUGGUAUGCUCUACCAUAGAGUUCCACAAAACAACCUGUUUUUUGCUAUGCCCAUUUAUUUUGGACAAGUCAGAUACAGGGGAGGUUCCUAGGAAAUGGGUGGGACUGCUCUGUAGGUGAUUUUGAUUAUUUGAGUUGCACUGUUGCAUGGAAGAUACGUUGGUCGCUUUAAAAAAGCAGAAGUAAUUUGUAACUAUUUAUUCAUGUGAUGAUGUUGCAAUAAUGGUGUAAAUAUCCUUAAGAUUAACCUUUGAUUUUUUAAAUAUAUAUGUAAAUGUCAUUUUUGUAAAUCUUGGAAUAUUGAGGAAUUGCUAAUGUGCCAAUGAUUGAAAAAGAAAGAAGAUGAGAGAAAUGAUACAAGAUGCUGAGCUUUAAUUAGAACGCAUCUCUUUGAGAUGCACACAUCUCUUAUUUGGCAAGAUGAAAUAUUGCUAAUCCUGAGCAUAUAGAGAAAAGGCUGUUUACUAAUAAAGGAUGUUUAGUCACAUAAGAGAUGAAUCUUGCAAAUAAAACUUUGCUACUAGUGAACAGGCUUCUUGGAAUGAUGGAAAGAGAUUGGGAGUAGAAAACUCCCCCCCCCCCGAAGAUGUUAAGGUGGUUGUCUUAUGCCAGAAGCUUAACCUGUCUUUGACACCACAGAAAUGAAACAGAAGUGCGAAGCCAGUAAACUGAGACUCUGGGUCUCCCAGAUGGGGGGGCUUAAUAUUGCAAAUGGGUGUUUGGCAGCAGGUUUAAAAAAAUUAUUAUUAUUGGAUAUCCUUCAAAUGGAUGAAUCCAAAUUAAUAGAAAAAAUGGGCUGGCAUUUGAUGCUGACAAAGUUGUGUGGACACUCCAAAAAAACUUGGAUAGAUGAAUAGCAAAUUCCCUUGAAGGCAGAGACUCUAAAAAUGAAAAUACUGAAAUGAUUUGAACAAGAUGCUUUUUAUCACAAUGGUGCCUAGAACAGGGAAGGACAACUGAUUUAAUGUUAUACAGAGAUUUAUCUGUGUGAUUUAUGCGAGAAAUCAAACAAUUGGAGGAGGGUCCACAGCCUGGAGAUGAAGUCCACUUGAAUACAUUAUAAAAACUGUUAAAAGUCACUACAAAGCUAUAGUCCUAUAGAUUUGACACUAAGGGAAGGCGAAUAUUCUUUUGCUUAAAACAUGAUUGGAAUUAAAGUUGGUAGGACUUCUUUUUGAAAGUCUGCUUAUAUGGAUGAGUCCUGCCAACUUCAAUCUAGCCUCUCCUGCCCCCUCCUCUCUCUCAUAAUAUGUUGAGUUUGUUAUGCAGUGCUUCACUUUAAGUUCACAUAAUUCUGUUAAUUACUUUGGUUUCGUGUGUUUUGUGUUCCAUAAAGUUGGGCUGUGCAUUUUAUUGUUUUCUGCCCUUCAGGUUGAGUUCUAAGCAGUCCAGAAGGAUGACUGGAGCCAAUAAUUAAAAUUUGUUUCACAAACAGUAACUUCAUAUGAGCCAAAUGUCUCACUUGAGCAAAACCGAAAAGAGUUUCAACUUAACUUGUGCAAAUGCUGUAUCUUUGCAAUGUUCUUUUGUAUUUGGAUGCUAAAUAAACAAACCAUAUUUUCUAAAUGA